UUUCUUUUGCUGAAACAUGGCUGACAUCGCCACCAUCGCUGCGCUUUAUUUGCUGUGGGAGUCCGAGGAGCGUCGCAAACGCAAACGCCGUCGUGUUUGGGUGCACGACAUCCUCCGGAGACGGCCACAGCUGGGUGAGUUUCACCACUUGCUCCAAGAACUCCGCCUGGAUGACGGCCGGUUUCAGCUGUACUUUCGACUGAGUCGGGCCCAGUUCGAUGACCUGCUAGCCCGGGUUGGUGCCAGGAUCUCCCGUCAGGACACCAACUACAGGCGCUCCAUAUCAGCUGCGGAGCGCCUGUCUAUCUGUCUCCGAUUCCUGGCUACUGGCGAUUCGUUCCGGACGAUAGCCACCAGCUUCCGGGUCGGGCCCUCCACCGUGGCUUCCAUCGUGUCCGAUGGGGUGACGGCUAUAUGGGACUGCCUGGUGGAGGAGUUCAUGGCUGUGCCCACUACCGAGGACUGGAGGGUGAUUGCGCAGCAGUUCGAGGAGCAGUGGAACUUCCCUCUCUGUUGCGGUGCCAUCGAUGGGAAGCAUGUUGCUCUGAAGGCCCCUGCGAACUCCGGUUCGCAGUUCUUCAACUACAAGGGAACAUUUUCCAUUGUUCUCUUGGCAGUUGUCGACGCAGACAAGUGCUUCCGCAUCAUCGAUGUGGGGGGCUAUGGGAGAACCACGGACGAGGCCUUACCGCUACGGACCAACCUCAUGACGCCAUUCCCCGGACGCAUCCUCCCCCGAGAGCGGCGCGUCUUUAACUACCGACUGUCCCGGGCUCGGUUGGUGGUUGAGAAUGCCUUCGGCAUCCUCUCCUCCCAGUGGCGGAUCUACCGGAGGGUCAUCGAGGUCCGUCCUGAGCAGGCGGAGAUAUGGCUGGGGAGAGUGGCUGCCAACAACGCCGGGAGAGAGGCCAUCCGGAUCCGCGAGACCUUCACCUCCUACUUCUCUGCAGAAGGGACCCUCUCGUGGCAUGACAGCAUCGUAUAG